UGGACCUGCGUAAAAAAUAUCAAACGCUGUUUUGCUUGGAGACGUCCGGAGGAUCCGGCCAUGGGGAACGGCAGCACCAGGCUUGUGCUGCUGACGCUGUCACUGCUCCUGCAGCCCGCGUCCCAGUUCUGGCUCUUCAACGUUCUCUUUCCACCCACCACCACCCCAGAAGCUCCCCCGACCAACAGCACGCCACCCGUGGUACUUGUGCCUGGGUGUCUCGGGAACCAGCUGGAAGCGAAGCUGGACAAGCCAGAUGUGGUGAACUGGAUGUGCUACCGCAAAACUGAGGACUAUUUCACCAUCUGGCUCAACCUCAACACCUUCCUGCCAGUGGGAGUUGAUUGCUGGAUCGAUAACACCAGGGUGGUGUACAACCGAACCUCUCGGAAAAUGUCCAAUGCCCCGGGGGUGCACAUCCGCGUGCCUGGCUUUGGCAAGACCUAUUCCGUGGAAUACUUGGAUCAGAGCAAGCUGGCAGGUUACCUGCACACCCUGGUGCAGAACCUGGUGAACAACGGCUAUGUGAGGGACCAGACGAUUCGAGCAGCUCCUUAUGACUGGAGGGUUGGGCCCCAGGAGCAGCCUGAAUACUUUCAGAACCUGAAAGCACUCAUUGAGGAGAUGCAUGAUGAAUACCAGCGCCGUGUCUUCCUCAUCGCACACAGCAUGGGCAACCUGAACAUCCUCUACUUCCUGCUGCAGCAGACACAAGCCUGGAAAGACCAGUACAUUGGGGGCUUCAUCUCCCUGGGUGCCCCAUGGGGAGGGUCUGUCAAGCCCCUCCGUGUCCUGGCAUCUGGUGACAAUCAGGGCAUCCCACUUAUGUCCAACAUCAAGCUGCGUGAAGAGCAGCGCAUGACCACCACCAGCCCCUGGAUGUUCCCAACAAAUUUGGCCUGGCCAGAGACCCAUGUUUUCAUCUCCACGCCCUCCUACAAUUACACCUAUCAGGACUACAAGCGCUUCUUCACCGAUGUCAACUUGGAGGAUGGCUGGUACAUGUGGGAGGACAUGAAGGACUUGCUGAAGGACUUGCCCCCUCCUGGAGUGGACACAUAUUGCCUCUACGGCACAGGCUACCCCACCGUGGAGACUUACAUAUAUGAUGAGCAUUUCCCUUAUGAGGACCCUGUGGACAUGAUCUAUGGUGAUGGGGAUGACACUGUCAGCACACGCAGUUCAGAGUUGUGCAAGCGAUGGCGUGACCAGCAAAAGCAGAAGGUGCACGUCAAGGAGCUGCAAGGCGUUGACCACCUCAACAUGGUCUUCAGCAACCUGACGCUCAGCUCCAUCAACGAAAUACUUCUGGGGAAAGCACAGAAGCAGGAUGAGCUAGUGCAGGUGAGAUCCAGCCCAGAGGCCAGGAAGGUGGGGAAGACCCUACGUGGGCACAAGGUCUUUAAGGAACCCAAAAAGAACUGAAAGGAAUGAGGGCCAGCUUCUCUCCAUGCUGGUAGCCACCACAAGCUGUCAUGCAGGAGGGCAAAGGACUUGGAGCUGAAUUUGGAAGGUAAAGGAGCAAGAUCUACAGCUCAGGUGGAUGGGCUGGCACCCACUUCCACACUGAGUGGGUUUUUUUUUGGGGGGGAAUGACAAUUAAUUAUACUACAGAGGCUUGUCACUUCCCACUAUUGGGUAGAUAAUUAACCGCACUGCCAUUAACAUCCCACUUGCGAAUUACAUCGGCAAAAGCCUUCAUUGCUAGCAAGCCAUGUUUAGGCACUUUGGAGGCUGUGGAGCACAUUGGGCUGUAGACUCUGCUCACUUUGGACAGAUCAUCUUGCAUAAGAGCAGGAUCUGCCUUACCAGGGUGGUCACAGAGGUGGUAUGAGGGUGUUACAGCAGGCAUGGCCUUCAAGAGCAGCUCUGCCAGCCAUGGCAUGCAGUCAGGUGCCCUGGGCAAGAGCGGCUCAGAAUCAGCAUAUUGCCACAAUAAUAAAUAUGCUUUGCUUCUGA